AUUUAACCUCACUUUCCCUUACUCAAUCUAUGCACUAAACUCCUGGUGAAAUAAUCUGAAUUCUUGCCAUGGAUCGGUCCUCCUCUGUCAUAUGCUGCUUAAUUGCAUUCGCAAGCUGUUUUCAUAUGAUAAGCUGCAAUAUCAUGAAAGAGAUGCUCUUGUUUCUUUCAUGAAAGAGAUGCCCUUGUUUCUUUCAUGAAUAAAUUGGAUCCUGCAUUUUUAUUGCAUUCAUGGCAGGGCUUUAAUUGCUGCGAAUGGAGGGGAGUGGAAUGUAGCUCCCACACCUCAAAUGUUGUCAAACUCCAUCAUUCCAGAUUUUAUGAGAGAAAUAUGUGGUUUGAUGAGAGAAAUAUGUGGUUUGAUGAGAGAAAUAGCACGCUUCUUACAGAUUUGUUCCAAUUAAAGCGGCUGCAGCAUUUAGAUCUAAGCGUCAAUUAUUUGAGAGGUGUUCUACCCAAAGGUCUAUUUGCCUUGCAAGAAUUGAGACAUCUAGAUUUGAGUAGCAACUAUUUUGAAGGUGAAAUACCAAAGCAAUUUGCCUCCUUGCACAAUUUAGCUUAUCUCAACUUGUUGGGGAAUCUCUCUCAGCUGGAAUUUUUGGACCUAUCUGUUGCAGAGGUGUAUGAUUUUGGACCUAUUCUGGAUGGGGAAAUGCACAGCCCUAGUUUAGUGUGGACAGAAAAACUGCAAAAAUUAAAAUACUUGUCUCUUAGUGGAGUGGUGCUGAAUAUGACAGGAAAGCAAUUGGAAGCAUCCCUUUCUCAUCUCUACAAUCUCCAACAACUCCACCUUUUAGGAUGCAUGCUUUCAGGACACAUUCCCAAUGCUAUCCAAAACCUCUCAUUCCUCACCCACCUCCACUUGGGUUACAAUGACUACUUUGGUUUCUCUUUGGUUGUCUAAUUGUCCAUUAUUAAGUGGUUCGUUUCCCUUGAGUCUCUCUCGUCUGCCUACUCUAAAAGAGCUUAUGUUAGGGGGAGAAAACUUAAUUAGUGGAAACCUAAGUCAAAUAUUAUGUGGGGAAUGGUCUCAACUCAAUGUUCUUUUUCUUUAAGGGUCCAAUAUGAAAGGAAGUAUGCCAUCUUGUAUUGCAAAUAUUUCUUCUCUCAUUUAUCUUAAUUUGCUAGAUAUUGAAAAUAUGGAAGGCCCAAUUCCUUCUUCUAUUGGUAAUCUCUCUAUCUUGCAAACCUUGGUUCUUUAUGACAAUUCGUUGAAUGGAGAGAUUCCACCAUCACUUGGUAAAAUUCAAUCUUUGACUUAUUUAUAUCUUUAUUCCAAUUUUUUAACUGGAAAUAUACCUUCUGAGUUGGGUAAUCUUUCCUCUUUGGUGGACUUAGACCUCUCCUCAAAUUUCUUGAGUGGAAAUAUACCUUCCGAAUUGGGAAAACUAUCCUCUUUGAAGUAUUUAAUUCUCGACUCCAAUUUAUUGAGUGGUAAUAUACCCUUCCAGCUAGGGGAACUAUCAUCUCUAGAUUCUCUUGUGCUUAGUGACAAUCAACUAAAUGGUAGCAUUCCUAUUUCAUUUGGAAGUCUUCCUAGUAUUAGAGGUAUUUAUCUAUCUUUAAACAAUCUUCAAGGAAAUCUUUUUCUCAAUGUUUUUGAAAAUUUGACUAGGCUUAAUUCACUUGAUCUAUCCUACAAUGAGUUGACUGUCAUCAUCAAACCAGAUUGGGUGCCCACAAUUUACUUUGAUGGUCUAUACUUAGCUUCAUGUAAUAUUGGGGGUAUUGUUCCACCAUUCCUUUCCACACAGUAUAGAUUGUCUGAGUUGGAUCUCUCCAAUAAUAGUCUAUUUGGAAAUAUUCCAGAUUGGUUAGGGAUGCUUCCUUCUUUGGGAAGUCUUAACUUGUCAUACAAUAACUUACAAGGUCAUGUUCCCUCCAGCUUGAUUAUAAGAGAUCUUUUGACUAUCGACUUACAUAGUAAUAUGUUACAAGGUGCUCUUCCUUUUUCUUCAGUACCAACAUCAAACAUGGAACUAUUGGACUUGUCUCAGAAUAGAUUCACAGGAUUUAUUUCAAUGGAUAUUGGCAAUCUUCUACCAGCAAUUCGGUUUUUGUCAUUUUCAGCAAAUGAUCUAAGUGGUGAUAUACCUUCUUCAGUUGGUCUUCUGCAAUCUUUGGAGGUUUUAGAUCUCUCAAACAACAAAUUGUUUGGUAAAAUACCAUCGAGCAUAACUAAUUGCUCUAGUUUAACAAGAUUAAACCUAGCAAAUACUGGUUUAAUGGGAGAGAUACCAUAUCAUAUGGGAAUGUUAAGUGAACUCAGUUCACUUCAUCUUGAUGGCAAUAUGUUGAAGGGAAACUUGCCAUCAAGCCUUAAAAAUUGUUCUAGCUUGCAAAUCUUAGAUUUGGCUAACAAUCUCUUUUCUGGGAACAUACCAUCUUGGUUAGGCCAGUUCUCUGAAUUGAUGAUACUUGUUUUGAGGUCAAAUAAAUUUGAAGGGCACAUUCCACAUCAAUUGAGCAAUUUGUCAAGCCUCAAUGUUUUAGACAUUUCACAUAAUGGUUUGAUUGGUUAUAUCCCACCACAAUUAGCAGCAUUGAAAAGUAUGAGGAAUUCUACAGUGGGAAGCUCACAUGACAAUGAUGGUAGCUCCUAUUAUUACAAAGAAGAGAUCCAAGUGUUCAACAAAGGAUUAGAAAUGGUGUAUGUCAGUUCAGUGAUGCUACUUAUAACCUGCAUUGAUCUAUCUGUAAAUAAUCUAACAGGUGAUAUUCCUUUAGUAAUUGGGAAUCUUAACAGUCUCCACACAUUGAACUUAUCAGAUAAUGGUCUUACAGGAGAGAUUCCAAGAAGCUUUGGAUUACUUACAGAGUUAGAGUCACUUGAUCUCUCAAACAAUAAACUGCAUGGAAUCUUGGCUACAAAAAGGAAUUGGAGGAGAAGAUUCAUUCAUGUAUUAGAUGAGAUGGCAAUUAGUUUAUUGAGUAGAUUGACAAAUAGAUAA